AGUCUGUCCAUGGCUCCUUAUCACAUCCGCAAAUACCAGGAGAGCGACCGCCAGUGGGUCGUGGGCUUGCUCUCCCGGGGGAUGGCUGAGCACGCCCCAGCCACCUUCCGGCAAUUGCUGAAGCUACCUCGAACCCUCAUACUCUUACUUGGGGGGGCCCUUGCCCUACACCUGGUCUCCGGCUCCUGGCUUCUGGCCCUCCUUUUCAGCCUCAGCCUCCUCCCUGCCCUGUGGUUCCUUGCCAAAAAACCCUGGAUGGAGUAUGUAGACAUGGCAUUGCGCACAGACAUGUCUGACAUCACCAAAUCCUACCUGAGUGAGCGUGGCUCCUGCUUCUGGGUGGCUGAGUCUGAAGAGAAGGUGGUGGGCACGGUAGGAGCUCUGCCUGUUGAUGAUCCCACCUUGAGGGAGAAGCAGUUGCAGCUGUUUCAUCUCUCUGUGGACAGUGAGCACCGUGGUCAGGGGAUAGCAAAAGCUCUGGUCAGGACUGUCCUCCAGUUUGCCCGGGACCAGGGCUACAGUGAAGUUAUCCUGGACACCGGCACCAUCCAGCUCUCUGCCAUGGCCCUCUACCAGAGCAUGGGCUUCAAGAAGACGGGCCAGUCCUUCUUCUGUGUGUGGGCCAGGCUAGUGGCUCUUCAUACAGUUCAUUUCAUCUACCACCUCCCUUCUUCUAAGGUAGAGAGUCUAUGA